UUUUCUGGUAGUGUGUCACCUCGUAUAUUGUAUUUAUUUGCUUAACUGCCUUUGUUCUUACUUUACCUCUCGUCUGCAUAACCAAAUCAGGACAAUAUAUUUAGGAAUGUCUUUGGAAAUAGACGUUAUCUAGCACGAAAUGAGUUUUAUAUGGUAACAAAAGCUUGCGGUUUGCCUCAGUUUAUGAGUCUCGCCUUUUUCAGGGCGAUGGAUAUGUUGAAUGACAAUCGAAACGAUAACCUAUCAUUUGAGGAGUUCAAAAAUGGGUGGAAUAUUUUGACCCGGGAUUGUGCCCAUAUGGACGAAAACAAUGACUUGGAGGAGUUGAUUUUUAUCAUCUUAAAGAAGCCUAACUGCAAUUAUAUGACACCUGAUGACAUCUAUCCAUUACUAGAAGAUAUUGUUUCGAGCCAUCCAUCGUUGCAGUUUCUUCGCGACAAUAUGACAUUUGAGGAUAGAUAUAUUGAAACCGUGAUAUGCAGAAUUUUUUAUGAUGCACAUUGCUUAAAUGGAAAACUCAGUUUGAAGAAUUUUCGAAAAAGUCAGUUCCCUUCCAUCUUAUUGAACUUGACGCCUACUAUGGAUUUAUAUACGGUCGAUAAUGUCCUGUCGUAUCAGCAAUUCUAUGUCUUAUACUACAAGCUUUGGGCAUUAGAUACAGAUCAUGACUUGGCCAUCAGUGAAACAGACCUUUAUAAUUACAAUAUGGGCACUUUAUCGUCAUUGUCUGUAAAGAGAAUCAUGGACAUUGGGCGUGUAUUCGUUUUUGACAAUCCAGCUUGCAACCAUGUCUCAUCCAACCAUGAUCAGCAACAAAAAACGCUAAGUUAUUUCGACUUUAUAUGGUUUUUACUGUCGGAAGUGGACAAAAGUACACCGAUGGCAAUUGAAUAUUGGUUUCGUUGCUUAGAUAUGGAUAAUGACGGCGUCAUCACUUCAUAUGAAUUGAGCCAAUUUUGGCAUGACCAAGAUAUAAAACAGCAACAAUUCUGCGAUAAUAUGACGCCGGACGAUGAUUACAUCCAUUUCGAUGAUAUAAUGCGUCAGAUGAAUGAUCUGAUUCAGCCCAGAAUACCUGGUCAGUUUGACCUACGAGACCUUAAGAAGAACGGGUUUUUAGCGGAGCGAUUUUUCGACACAUUUAUCAAUUUUGAUCGUUUGCGGGUGCAUGAUUCACGACAAGAAGGGUCAGUUCGACAAAAGGAGGCUUACCUCGCUAAUUUAAUGAAAGACAGAGGGCUACCUAAUAGUUUUGAACCUACUAUUCUCAGUGAUGACUUGGGAUUUCCAGUUUUAUGUAAUUGGAGCGAUUACGCAAGCAUUGAAUAUCAGCGUAUUAUUGUGGACGAAAGUUAUGUCAACUCUUACGAGGAAGAGGAAGAGGAUUUAUCAGAUCAACAUUACAGUACAACAAUUGAACAGCCAAACUAUUAUUGUAGCGAUCACGGUGUAGACAAUGCCAAGUAUGCGAACAAUGAUGACGAUGACAGUGUCGCUGAUAACAACAGUGACGACUAUCCAACAUCCCUAAGUUCAUCCCCAACGCUAUCCGGUAGUGAUAGUAACGAUGACAAAUUGAUACCGAAUGAUAUUGUUACAGCUGCCUUUACAAAUAUGAGCCUUUCUUCGGCUACCACUAUCUCUUGCAGACCGUCGUCAUCCGAGCAGCAGCUUGUUACGGACAAUGAUGAAUAUAUUACUGCUCAUAUUACUACAAAAGUACCUCUAACAAACGUAUAGAUACUUAAUUUAUUCCUCCUACGUACAGUUUAAUACCCAUACCCCAUGUUUUAUUGUUGAUUCAUGAUCAAAAAGCUCUCAAGUCAAUCCUUAAUUUAUCGUUUUUUCCCUUAUAGUUCUCUCGUAAUAAAACUUGCUCAUACCAGUCAUUCAUUUCCCGA